AUGGUCUGUUCCCCAACCAAGAGGUUCAGUUUCAACAUGGAGCCCAGCUAUGAUUUCCUACAUAUCUAUGAAGGAAAGGAUUCCAACAACCCUCUCAUUGGAAGUUUCCAGGGCUCUCAAGCCCCAGAAAGAAUUGAGAGUAGUGGAAAUAGUCUCUUUCUGGCAUUUCGAAGCGAUGCUUCUGUGGGCUUGUCAGGGUUCGCCAUUGAAUUUAAAGAGAAACCACGGGAAGCCUGUUUUGGCCCUGGAAACAUAAUAAAUGGGACAAGGAUUGGGACGGACUUCAAACUUGGCUCAACUGUCACGUACCAGUGUGACUCUGGCUACAAGAUCGCUGAUCCAUCUUCCAUCACUUCUGUGAUCGGAGCGGAUGGAAAACUUGCCUGGAACCGCGUCUUGCCCUCCUGCAAUAGUACAUAUGGAACCGUUGUUUCCUUCAGGGUGGUAUUUGGGCAGUUUGCCUAUUUCCAGACAGCACUGAAUGACCUGACAGAACUGUUUGACAGAACGCACCCUCAGGCCAGACUUCUCAGCUCACUCUCUGGGUCUCAUUCAGGUGAAACGUUGCCUUUGGCCACAUCCAAUCAGAUUCUGCUCUGACUCAGUGCGAAGAGUGGGGCGCCUGCGCGGGGUUUCCACUUCGUCUAUCAAGCUGUUCCUCGGACCAGUGACACCCAGUGCAGCUCUGUCCCUGAGCCCAGAUAUGGGAGGAGAAUUGGUUUGGAGUUUUCAGCAGGCUCCAUCGUUCGCUUUGAGUGUAACCCAGGAUACCUACUGCAGGGCUCCAUGGCCAUCCGCUGUCAGUCCGUGCCCAACGCUCUCGCUCAGUGGAAUGACACAAUCCCAAGCUGCGUAGUCCCCUACAGUGGCAAUUUCACUCAGUGGAGAGGUAAAAUUUUAUCCUCCGGCUACCCUGAACCAUAUGGUAACAACUUAAACUGUAUAUGGAAGGUCAUAGUUACAGAGGGAUCAGGAAUUCAGAUUCAAGUCAUCAGUUUUGCCACAGAGCAGAACUGGGACUCUCUUGAGAUUUAUGAUGGCGGUGAUGUGACUGCACCGAGACUAGGAAGUUUUUCAGGUACCAUGAUGCCAGCACUGCUCAACAGCACAUCCAAUCAGCUCUACCUGCAUUUCCAGUUGGAUAUCAGUGUGGCAGCUGCUGGCUUCCACUUGGAAUACAAAACCAUAGAUCUUGCUGCUUGCCAAGAGCCAGCCCUUCCCAGCAACAGCAUCAAAACAGGAGACCGAUACAUGGUGAGCGAUGUGCUGUCCUUUCAGUGUGAGCCCGGGUACACACUGCAUGGCCAUUCCCACAUGUCCUGUAUACCAGGGACUGUUCGUCGUUGGAACUGAUCGUCUCCCCUUUGCAUUGUGUCCUGUGGGGGGACCUUGAGCAGCAUGGGGGGCAUGCUCCUGACCCCGAGGUUCCCGAGCACCUACCCCAGCAACCUGGACUGCACCUGGAAAAUUGCCUUGCCCACUGGCUAUGGUGCACAUAUUCAAUUUCUGAAUUUUUCUACCGAAGCUAAUCAUGACUACCUUGAAAUUCAAAAUGGACAUUUCCACACCAGCCCGAUGAUGGGGCACUUCAGUGGCCCCGACCUGCCUGCGCCCUUGCUGAGCACAACUCAUGAAGUGCUCAUCCACUUUUACAGCGACCACUUGCAAAACCGUCCAGUGUUUAAACUCACUUACCAAGCACAGACGCCCUCCGGCGACGUACAAGCAGAGGAAGAGCCAAAUCCAAAGCUGAAAUCUGGGAGCUGUGCCAAGAAAGAAGAGAAAGGGAAAAUUCUCCCAGAAGCCUUAGGGGCAACGGAUUAA